AGCCGCCGCAGCCCUUCGCCCCGUUUCUAUCCGUGAAGCUGGGAGUCUCUCUCGCGACCUGACAAAGGAUCCUUGUUCUGGAAGCCAGCAUUGGAUUAUGUGAUCUGCCUCCUCCUUCAGACCAUCCCCCUGCAGCAAAGAAAGAUGCAGAAGUCUUGUUCCUUGCACCACAAGGUUUUCUGUUGUCUGGAGGAAGUGAGAGACAGGUUCCAAUGGCAGCUCAUAAGGAAACACCAUUUUCUGAAGGAGGAAGAAAUAAAAGUGGCAUGAAUGGAACAGGAGGUUCUAAAGGACAAUGGGGUAGAGCAUGGAAAGUUGACUGGAUUUCUUUAGCAGGUGUCAUCUUUCUACUCCUAUUUGCGCCCCUCAUUGUGUAUUAUUUUAUAAUGGCAUGCGAUCAAUACAAUUGCUCUCUGACUCAACCAGUCAUUCACGUGUUCAUGGACAAAACCCACCUUUUGGAAAUCUGGAACAAAACACCACCAUUGACUUGGAAAGCUGCAACCAUCUAUAGCACCUGGGUAAUUUUCCAGGUAUUUUUGUUUAUGCUUCCUGAUUUUUGCCACAAGUUCCUUCCAUUCUAUCAGGGAGGAUUGCAAGAAGGGGCUGUGACACCAGCCGGCAAAGUGCUCAAAUAUCAUAUCAAUGGACUACAAGCCUGGCUUAUCACUCAUGCACUAUGGUUUGCAAAUGCCUACCACUUUCACUGGUUCUCACCCACUGUCAUUUUUGACAAUUGGAUCCCAUUAUUGUGGUGUGCAAAUAUUCUGGGCUAUGCCGUGUCUGUUUAUGUAAUUAUAAAAGCAUACUAUUUCCCAUCCAAUGCAAAAGAUUGUAAAUUCACUGGUAACUUCUUCUACGACUUCAUGAUGGGAAUUGAAUUUAAUCCUCGUAUAGGAGAGUGGUUUGAUUUCAAACUGUUUUUCAAUGGUCGCCCAGGCAUUGUAGCAUGGACUCUUAUUAACCUCUCCUAUGCAGCAAAACAGCAGGAACUAUAUGGACAAGUAUCUAAUUCUAUGAUACUUGUCAAUGUCCUACAGGCUGUGUAUGUUUUGGACUUCUUCUGGAAUGAAACCUGGUACUUGAAAACAAUCGACAUUUGCCAUGAUCAUUUUGGAUGGUACCUGGGAUGGGGAGAUUGUGUUUGGCUUCCUUAUAUGUAUACUUUGCAGGGAUUGUACUUGGUCUACCAUCCUGUUCAUCUUGCCACAGGAAAUGCAAUUGGAAUUCUGCUUUUAGGACUAGUGGGCUACUACAUUUUCAGAAUGACAAAUCAUCAGAAAGAUCUCUUUCGUCGCACUGAUGGCAACUGUAAGAUAUGGGGCAAAAAGCCGCAAUACAUUGAGUGCUCCUACAUGUCAGCUGAUGGAACCAAAUACUACAGUAAACUGUUGACUUCAGGAUUCUGGGGGAUGGCCCGCCAUUUUAACUACACAGGAGACUUAAUGGGCUCUCUGGCAUACUGCUUGUCCUGUGGUCUUCAACACAUCCUGCCUUAUUUCUACAUCAUUUACAUGACCAUUCUUCUUGUCCAUCGCUGCAUCAGGGAUGAACACCGGUGUUCCAGCAAGUAUGGGAAGGACUGGAAGCGGUAUACCGAUGCAGUGCCAUACCGACUGCUUCCAGGUUUAUUUUAAAUGCUUAACAUGGCAGCAUAAAAUAUAUAUUCAGGGUCCAUAUAUGAAAGUUUCUUUUUGGAGGACCAGGUUUUGCUAAGGUCCAAUAUAGUAAGUAGGAUCAGCAGUAUCUUUGGUGCUAUCAAAAAGGAUCUGUUAAAACCAUUGGUGUACUAACAUGCACAUGUUAUUUAAACAUUUUAAGAAUGAUUUGGGGUUUUUAUUUGGGGUUUCAUAUCACCGUGAUUUCCCACCAAAUAUCUGAUGUUUUACUAUAGCUUCAGAUAUAUAAUAUCAGAUAUGGAUAUAAGCCUCACAGUUGUAAGAAGAGGUGGAAAGGGGCUACUAAGAUUUCAACUGCUCAAAAUUGUCCUAUUCCUAGAAUGGACUAUCUUCUUUGAUGUACUCAAGGAAUGUAGGAAUCUACAGCACAUACAACUAUGUUGCAAUAUGAUCUGGACCACACACAGUCUUAUUUCCCUCACCUAUAUAUAAAAUGACCCUGCCGUAGCUGCCUUUUACACUUCGUAUUGAUUUCAAAAGCAGUAGUGCUGGAACUGGGUUUUUAUAACAUUGAAUUCAAAGAUAGUGCAGUGAGACAAAGUAAAAUGCCAGUCAAGGGGCUGUUAAUUUGUUAACAUUUUUACAACAUUCAUUGUUAUGCUAUUUUGUAAAAAUAAAACAUUUUUAAAUGACA